AUGUCUGCUUCCUUUAUUGGCGCUCGCGCGUUCAACCAUGAACAGCACUCUGAUACAGAGGAGGAGUAUGAUAGACUGCGAGGAUUAGCUAGACACGAGGCCGAACUCCGCGGUUCUUGCUUUGACCGGUCCCGCCAGGCGUACGAGAACGGCGAUGGCCAACGGGCUAAAGAGCUAUCCGAGGAGGGCAAGGAGCAUGGCCGGAAGAUGGAACAGUACAACAAACAAGCCUCGGAGUUCAUCUUCAGAGAGAACAACGCCGAGGGUCGUGUUGCUGCGGACACCAUCGAUUUGCACGGCCAAUUCGUCGAGGAAGCAGAAGAUAUUCUGGAAGAGCGCAUUAAAUAUGCAAGACAGCAUGGACAGGAUCACCUUCAUGUGAUCGUCGGCAAGGGAAACCACUCCGUGAACCACGUCCAGAAGAUCAAACCUCGCGUCGAACAAGUCUGCCGUGAUCUUGGCCUCCAGUAUGCCACUGAAGAGAAUGCGGGGCGGAUAUAUGUUAACCUCACUGGAGGGCCUGCCAACAUGCCACCCCAUUCAUCACAUCCUAACCAGGGCCACAACCAACCUCAUCACGGUCAACCUCAGCAUGGACAGCCUCAGCAUGGACAGCCACACUACGGCCAGCAGCAUCACGGCCAGCCACAUGGUCAACCCCAGCACCAACCUGGCCAUCAAGAGGAAACUCCUGCCGAGAAAAUUGCUCGAAAGGCCCUGCCAAUUAUCCUCAGAAAAUUGGAGAAAGCUUGCUGUAUUGUCAUGUAG